AUGAAGAUGAGCGUCUCGAACAUCCAAGACGGCGGUCACCACGACUUUGCCAACUUAUUCGACAUGAUUUCCUCCCCAUUGUUCGACGGGCCCUGCUUCUCCAGCACCAACACAGAAGCCUUGCCAUCCACCAGUCCGCUCGCUACAUCCGCUCAAGUCACGCUGUCCACACCUCUCGGGGUAGCAUCUUGCAACACUGUAGCCUCGACCCCUCUCGAACGUUCAUCAUCAGUGUCGAGCAAGCGAAAGCAUUCUGAAGUGGAACGAGAUCGACGGAGAAGCAUUUCCGAUGGUUUUGCGGUGAGUGUCCCUCUACUUCAAUCGAGCAGACUCCCGUCGCUGACUGACCUGCUUUGUGGCCCGCAAAACCCAAAGUCGUUGCAAAAUGUGCUGCACAACGACGACGACUGUCAAGCGAAGCCCAUCUCCAAGUCGGUGUUGCUAAAACAGGCGUGCGACGAAAUCAGGGAGCUGCGAAGAAAGCUCGACGCCAGCACCGCUAUCAUUUCAAGGCUCAGGCUCGAGGAUGUUUUGCCGAUCUCCAGGAGUAGGUUGUCGCCGCGUGGAUCGGAAGGGAAAACAUCUCCAAAGAGCGAAGCUAGCAUUCCGAGAACCAGAACUUUACACGAUGAUCGCGCGGACAAGCGAUCUAAAGACGGCGACGAUUGCAGCAGCGUAGCCCCAAGCGAUGGUGGAUCCGAUUCGAGCAAGAGCGAUAGCGAUUUCGCCGAUUAUCAAUCGAAAAGUCCCAGGGUCAGGGCUAGACCAAAAAAUCGAGAAGAAGCAAGGCCGCAUAGGAAAGGUCGCAGGCCUCUAGCAUGCUCUGACUCAAGCACAUCGAGCAUCUGUCCAUCGCCUUCGCGCAACGCCGCAGAGCUUCAACAGGCGAUCCUAUCGCUGCUUCUUGAGCUUCCUCAUCGGAUGGAGGAGCGCGAAGGCGAUGAGCAAGCGACUGUCCAAGUGAGAAACAAGAAACGUCGUCGCUAG